AUGAUGGUUUACAUUCUUAAUGUAUUCCAACUCUGGUCUCUGUGUGAAGCACUGUUAAGUGACAUCUCUCAGCCUGUUUCCUUUCAAGCAGUAAAACUAGGAGACAGAAUUAGCAUCACGUGUCACAUUCAACAUGAUGCACCAAGAAUGAGAGUGUGGUACAAAUUGACCACUGGCAAAAGACUGCAGCUAGUGGCUUCAACAGAUACUCUGUAUAAUCUGACAAUAUUCAAAGAACCGUCUCAGCAUUUUUUAGUAAAAGCUGAAAGCUUCAAGAGUCAUCUGACCAUAUCCAAGACUAUACAGGAGGACACUGGUACGUACUACUGUGGAGUGUUAACACUAAAUAAGUGUGAAUUUGGACAAGGAACCUUUCUCCUGAUUAAAGGUACAAACCUGAUCAGUGACUCUGUCAUCCAUCAGUCAGAGUCCCAGACAGUGCAGUUAGCAGACUCUGUGACUCUCAGCUGUUCAGUUCACUCUGCUCAGUGUGCACCAGAACAUACUAGUAUCACAUGGAUGAAAAAUUCUGAGAAUUCUGCUCCAGAGAUGAUUUAUUCAUCAGGAAAUGAGAACAUAUGUCAGAUGGCUGAAAGUGGAGAAAUGAUCUGCGUGUAUAACCUCUUCAUAUGGAACCUCACCUUGGACGAUGCUGGGACCUACUAUUGUGCUGUGACUUCAUGUGGACAUACAAUGUUUGGAAAUGGGACCACAAUCAAAAUUCGCAAUGCUCGUGUCACCAAAUUACAUGAUAUCAGCCCUGCUUUUAUUGCAUUGAUGCUUUCAAAUAUUAUCCUUGGGAUAGCGACUCUUCUACUUGCAUGGGCACAUUGGAAGAAUCACGGAAAAGGCCUGAAAAGUAUGUAA